CAAGGCCUGCACGUUCUACAACGAGAACAGUGACAAAAGGGAUUCCCUCGACCAGGUCGACGACUACAGAGAGACUCUCAACGGCCUACUGACAGAGUGGCUAUCGGCGUCUCGGACCCAAGUAAGACAGCCUCAGAGGCCGAACUCUCAAAGUUACUUCGAAAACUUCAUCUUAAUCGAGGAACAAAUCCGAUGCUCUUUAAGAUAUCUGAGAAACCUCGGACAAUACUUGGUCAACUGCCUGUCGCCUCACACGGUAGACUCAUCAUUUGACCAAUCCACUCGAGGCAGCGACCCCACUCGGGAACCGCCAAGAGCUCCCCUCAGCGCCCCACAGUGGAGAGCUUCAACCCAAAUCGAAGAACAAGCGAGAGCUCCGGCAGAAAGCGGCGAAUUCACCAGCAUGUCAACGCCAUUCGUUUCACACAUUGCACAAUUACCGCCCCCUGCGGAGGAGUCACCCAGUCUACCCCAGGCUCUACAACCAUCGAAUGCUUCAGGAGCUCAACAACCGCUCCGCGCCCCGGAAGCGCAGCGUCCACCCGAGCACCCAAUGACAACUGCAACUCAAUCCGGAAGCAGCCAGGCUGAGAACCCUGAUAAUUAUCUCCCGAAAUUAUCCAAGAAUUUCAAAUUACCCAAAUUCAAUGGUGACCCCAAACAAUUCAGAAAGUUUAUGGACAUGUUUAACGCUUUCGUUCAUGAACGGCAGAUACCAACGCUCCAGAAGAUUCUUCUGUUACACGACGCGCUGACCGGACGAGCAUACCAUAGCGUGAGACACUUCAGCCUCAAUGCGGAGAGCUAUGAGCCCAUGAAACAGAUGCUCCAGGAGCUUUUCGGCCAAACAAACAUGGCAGAAGACAGCCAUUUGAGAGAACUCGAAAGAAUCCUGUCGUCAAAAGGGGAAAUCAGCUACGAUAAGUUACCCAAUUUUGUAAACUCGAUCUCUAACACAUAUUGGCACUCAUCACUCUCGGGCAAUCAUACAUGUCAAGCUCCGCUGACCUUCGAAGAGCGUCAGGAGAGAAUGCUUGCAGCAAGAGCGUGCUUCAAAUGUUUGAAACUGAACCACGACGCCAAGCACUGCAGAGAGGGACCCAAAACGGAAUGCCGAUAUUGCAACGCAUCACAUUAUGCCAUCAUCUGCCCGAAAGCCUUCAAGAAUCAGAACGGGAAGCCACCACGCAGCGUGUCAACAAACAUCAACCUCGACACACUCGGAAACUCAAUUUUCCUAUGGACGGCGCUCGCAUGGGCGGAAGCCGGAAACACCAGAAUCCCGUGCCGCAUCCUCAUCGAUCCAGGAUCUCAGGCCACUCACAUCACGAGGAAUCUGGUGGAGAAACUGAAAUCAAAACCUGUCGCCCACACAGACCUCACGAUGGCCACGGCAGGAGGACAAGUGACCAAUAUUUAUAAUUGCGGAAUUCACGAGAUUACACUUCGAAGCAGGCAUCAAGAAAACCUAGCCGUGAGGCUCAGAGCCAUCGAACUAGACUGCGUUUCAAGAUCAGAGUUCCCAGUGAUGGAACACGCUCCUGAGCUCACACCAGCUGCAGACAGUCUGCCGGAACACGGAGAUGGAUUGGUGGACGACCUCCUGGGUCAAGAUCAUUUCACAAAGAUCAACUUCGCGGACCCCCAAUCAUUCGACGAUACAUUCGCCUUCAAUUCGAUUUUCGGCUACGUAUUCGGAGGCUCGCAGCGAGCAUCCACUUUCAAAUCGCCACUCACUCGCUUCUGUGGUUUUGAUACCAUUCAACCCGCCUCGAUUCUACCAACUAAUCAGAACGAGCAGCUCGUCAUACCGGAGUCGGAUCCACCGAAAGAUAAACCCAACGAAAAAGCAGCUCAAACAAUGAAAGAUCUUCAAUUCCUAUGGCAAUCCGAAGACGUCGGUUUCGAAGAUGAUCUCAGAGAUGAAUCCCAGGAGGAGGAAGAUAGCCUCAACAAGGCACUCAUCGACCAUUUCAGAAAAACGACCUUCCGAGAUGAGAACGGAAGGUACGUCCUCAAGCUGCCUUUCAAAUCGAACAUCAGGUCAUUAGGUGACAAUCAAAACCUGGCCAGGUCACGCCUUCACUCCUUCUUAGAGAAGCUCAAGAAAGAUCCAAUCAAGUUGAAGGCGGUCGAUGAAGAAAUUAAGGGCUACUUAGAGGCAGGAUUCGCGGAGAAAGCUCAACCAAAGAAGGCGGGCCAACUGUCCCACUACCUACCCAUACAAGCGGUCUUCAAAGCGAAACCUGAUUCCCCAUUGGGAACGAAAACCAGAGUGGUAAAAGACGCGAGCGCUAGGCGCACCAACGAAGCCGGCCUCAACGAUGUCCUCCACUGCGGUAUCAAUCUACUUCCGGAAAUCACGAAAGUUCUACUCAAGUUCCGGCAAUACAAAUACGCCUUCACGGCGGAUAUCGAGAAAGCGUUCCUCCAAUUCAGGAUCGCUGACAGCGACAAGAACUUCCUGAGAUUUCUCUGGCCUUUGGGCAUCAACGACAACAGUUCCGCUAGGAUCCAGGAGUUCUACACAGCCAGGCUGGAUUUCGGCUUAAUAUGCUCACCGUUCCUACACUGUCAAGGAAUCAGAUUCCACCUCGAGUCAGCAAUGAGGGACAACCCAAAUGACGCGCCCUUCCUCGAGGAAAUCAUGAAUCACUUCUACAUGGACGACAUCAUAUCGGGAGGGUCCACGAUUAAGGAAGUGAAACACCGAAUCAAGCUCCUAUCGGAUAUCUUCACGGAGGGCCACUUCCCCUUGAAGAAAUGGUCAACGAACUCCUUGGAAAUCGGGAGUCUCAUCAAGAAAAUCUCUCCGAUCAAGGAUCCAGAAAUCACUACCGGUCAAACAAACGCGAAAGUCCUCGGAAUAACAUGGAAUCAAGUCCAGGACUAUAUCACCGCACCAACUUCGGAAGCCCUCAAGGAGCUCUCAGAGGGCUCGCCAUCCAAGCGGAAACUGCUGAGAGCGCUAGCUCAAAUUUUCGACCCUCUGGGCAUCAUCACCCCGAUCACCAUCAACUCGAAGACCCUCUUCCAGGAUCUAUGGAAGUUGAAAUUAGGAUGGGAUGAUCCCCUACAGGGCAACCCACUCGAACGUUUCACUGCUUUCAGAGAGCUGGUCGGCCAGGCCGAGCUACUGAACAUACCUCGUCAAAUGCUGUCACCGGAUACACACUCCAAGAGAAAACUGUUCAUCUUCUCCGAUGCCAGCUUACACGCUCACGGCAUGGUCGCAUAUCUCAGAGGAGAAAACGCCGAUCAAAAGCCCAAAAUCUCAUUCGUUCUGUCCAAAGCGAAAGUCGCUCCGGUCAAACCCUCAACCAUCCACCGGCUGGAGCUCUUGGGAGCUCUCCUGGCAGCCAGAAUGACCAAGAAAAUCAUCGAUUGGGUCGACUUCAGAAUCGACGGGGUGGAAUUAUUCUGCGACAAUUCUGCCGUCCUCGGAUGGGUGUCCUCCAAUCCGGACAAAUGGAAACCCUACGUUGCCAAUAGAAUAAGAAAAAUCCGACACCUCGUGGGCGACACUGAAUGGCACUACGUGCGUUCAGAAGAGAACCCUGCAGAUAUUUUAUCUCGAGGCGCAGACAUCUCGAAAAGAUCAAUCGCCGACUUGUGGUUCAACGGGCCACAGUGGCUGCGUCUCGCCAACUCAGAGUUAGAAAGAAAGAUGGAAUUCGAUCGAGCGGCCAGGCCGCGCAGAAACAACGAGAGUCGAGACGAAAUCCGACACGAGAUGAAGAACGGCAUCGUCUCACUGCUGAACGCCUCGAGCGAAAAUCCGAAACAACGAAUAUUUUUCGAAGGUAGUUUCUCCUGUUGGUUGAAAGCUAUUCGUUUCUGGGCAUUCAUGCUUCGCUUAAAAGAGAAGGCCUCCGCGGCACGAUUGAGAAUCCAGACCAAUUCGAGGUGUACCGCGAGGGCAAAGGGCAAACUGAAUACAAUCGACGCAGCAGAGAUGACAUCAGCCAGGCUGAGUCUCAUCAAACUUAUUCAACAGGAAUCUUUUCCUGAGGGAGUUAGUUCGGACAACACCAGGGUCAGACCCAAGAGCCUUCUUUACCAGUACAACCCAUUCAAGGACGAUGACGGAAUCCUCCGAUGCAGGUCUCGUUUGGAAUUCGCUCCGGAUCUGUCGCAAGAGCAGAAAUUCCCGAUCAUCCUCCCAGCAGAUUGUAAUCUCUCCAGGCUUAUUAUCAGAUACAUCCACGAGAAAAAAUGCCUACACUUCGGCGGAAUCUCCAACCUUCUGCACAUCCUCAGGGAGGAAUUCCUCAUCAUCCACGCAAGAAAACUAGCGAGACAGGUCAUCUCUUCUUGCGCUACAUGCAAAAUUUUCCACGGCCAGGCCGCAAGCCUACCAAUGGCUCCGUUGCCAGCAUUCAGGCUGGAGACGGCCCCACCAUUCCAUCACACAGGCUGUGACUUCGCCGGGCCCAUAAAAUACAAGAAUGACUCGGGCAAGAGAGCGAAAAGCUACAUUCUCCUAUUCGUGUGCGCAGUAACCCGAGCAAUCCAUCUCGAGCUAACAACCGACAUGUCGACCUCAGAGGUCCUCGGAGCUCUACAGAAAUUCGUGAACCGAUACCCGUCGGUGACCACGAUCACGUCAGACAAUGGCUUAUCGUUUCAGAGGACAGCAAAGGAACUCAAACUCCUUUACGAACACAUCAUCGACGGUGAAAUCAAGAAAUGGCUCGCAGACAAAUUCAUCAGAUGGAACUUCAUUACCCCGAACGCUCCUUCCCAUGGCGGUUUCUACGAGCGUCUCGUCCAAUCAGUCAAGCGUCCUUUGAGAAAAGUUCUCGGAACAUCGGUUCCCCAUUUUCGGGACCUCGAGGUUAUUCUGAGCAACAUCGAGUUGAUGAUAAAUAAACGCCCCAUCACAACCGUCGCAUCCGGUCUCGACUCCACGGAAGCUCUCAGCCCGAUGGACCUCUUACACGG